CGGCCGCCGCCGUCAUAAAUAGCGCAUGCCCGCGUGGCUGAUUCUGGCCACGGGCUUCUCCUUCUGUCCGAUCUCGCCUCUCCCAGAUACCGACCAUGUACUCCUCGAGACUCUCCCGUCCUCUGCUGAACUCGGCCCGCGCUGCCAGCGCCACCGCCCGCGUUGCUCGCCCCUCGGUGUUCAUGCGCCAUGCCAGUGACAAGGUCCAGGGCGCCGUCAUCGGUAUCGAUCUGGGAACCACCAACUCGUGUGUCUCCGUCAUGGACGGCAAGACCCCCCGCGUCAUUGAGAACUCGGAGGGUGGCCGCACCACCCCCUCGAUCGUCGCCUUCUCCAAGGACGGCGAGCUCAUUGUCGGCACCCCCGCCAAGCGCCAGGCCGUCGUCAACCCUGAGAACACCCUCUAUGCCACCAAGCGUCUGAUCGGCCGGCGCUUCGACGACCCCAACGUCCAGCGCGACUCCAAGAUUGUCCCCUUCAAGAUUGUCAAGCACUCGAACGGCGACGCCUGGCUCGAGGCCCGCGGCAAGAAGUACUCGCCCUCCCAGAUCGGUGGCUUUGUCCUCAUGAAGAUGAAGGAGACCGCCGAGGCCUUCCUCAACACCUCCGUCAAGAACGCCGUCGUCACCGUCCCUGCCUACUUCAACGACGCCCAGCGCCAGGCCACCAAGGACGCCGGCCAGAUUGCCGGUCUCAACGUCCUCCGUGUCAUCAACGAGCCCACCGCUGCCGCCCUCGCCUACGGCCUCGACAAGGUCGGCGACAAGAUUGUUGCCGUUUACGAUCUCGGUGGUGGUACCUUUGAUAUCUCCAUCCUCGAGAUCCAGAAGGGUGUCUUUGAGGUCAAGUCCACCAACGGUGACACCCAUCUCGGUGGUGAGGACUUUGACAACGCCAUGGUCAACCACAUUGUCGCCGAGUUCCAAAAGUCCAACCAGAUCGAUCUCCGCAAGGACCUGAUGGCCCUGCAGCGCAUCCGCGAGGCUUCCGAGAAGGCCAAGAUCGAGCUGUCGUCCACCCCCCAGACCGAGAUCAACCUGCCCUACAUCACCGCCGACGCCACCGGCCCCAAGCACAUCAACCUGAAGCUCACCCGCGCCCAGUUCGAGGGCCUCACCAAGGACCUGAUGGACCGCACCAUCCAGCCCUGCAAGACCGCCAUCAAGGAUGCCGGUGUCAGCACCGGCGACAUCAACGAGGUCAUCCUCGUCGGUGGUAUGUCCCGUGUCCCCAAGGUCCAGGAGAUUGUCAAGUCGCUCUUUGGCCGUGACCCCUCCAAGAGCGUCAACCCCGAUGAGGCCGUUGCCAUCGGCGCUGCCAUCCAGGGUGGUGUCCUCUCCGGCGAGGUCACCUCCAUCCUCCUGCUCGAUGUUACCCCUCUCUCGCUCGGUAUCGAGACCCUCGGUGGUGUCUUCACCCGUCUGAUCUCGCGCAACACCACCAUCCCCACCAAGAAGUCCCAGGUCUUCUCCACCGCCGCCGAUGGCCAGACCCAGGUCGAGAUCAAGGUCUUCCAGGGCGAGCGUGAGCUCGUCCGCGACAACAAGCUCCUCGGCCAGUUCAACCUCGUUGGCCUGCCCCCUGCUCCCCGCGGUGUCCCCCAGAUCGAGGUCACCUUCGACAUUGACGCCGACGGUAUCGUCAACGUCUCUGCCAAGGACAAGGCCACCAACAAGGACCAGUCCAUCACCAUCGCCGCCUCCUCGGGUCUCUCUGACGCCGAGAUCGAGAAGAUGAUUGUCGAGGCUGAGAAGCACGCCGAGGCCGACAAGGCCCGCAAGGACGUCAUCGAGGCCGUCAACCACGCCCAGUCCAUCAUCAACGACACCGAGAAGGCCAUGGGCGAGUUCAAGGACCAGCUCGACAAGGAGGAGGAGACCAAGAUCCGCAACCAGAUCACCGAGCUCCGCGAGCUCAUUAGCAAGGACCCUGAGCAGCUCACCCCCGAGAAUGUCAAGGAGAAGUACGACGAGCUCCAGCAAGGCUCCCUGAAGCUCUUCGAGAUGGUCUACAAGAAGCGCGCCUCGGAUGGUGAUGCCAGCAAGACCGAGGACAAGACCGUUGACGCCGACUUCAAGGACGCCAAGGACGAGAAGAAGAACUAAGUGCGCGCUGCCGUGCUCCCCGCUCCCCACCGUUUUGCUUGCAAUCAUGCCUUUUUCUUCCUUUCUUCCUUUUCUUCCUCCUGCUUGACGGCACAUCUUUGCUUCCCGCACUUGCUCUGGAGGGAACCUGCUUUCGCUCCAUUCCCACGCCGUCCCCUCCCGCCGCCUUCUCUUCGAUUCUAUUUUUUUGCAUGUAUUUAGACCCA